ACCUUCACAAUUCCUUGUUGAUAGUAAACAACACCGUGUGCUAUAUGCCUGGUCCGCGCCCAUUCAGCGAGGAAGAGCGGCUGCCGUCUUUUGCUCCAUAUUUCACGUAACGGCAGAGUGUCGGCGGCACGCUUCCUGGGCCGUCGAACUGGCUCGCAAGUGCGCGGCGGCUGGCGCGGCGGCGACGGCAGAGGAAUGCGCAUUCCUGCGCCCGCCCAGGCUCGACCAAUGGGCGUCGUCGGCGCCUACCACGUGACUCGCGGCAUACCACGCGUGCUUCUGCAGUCGUCGGAAUGCGUGCUGCUGUUUUUGUCUGAACUUCGGCGCGGUGGCGGCGGCGGAUAGAGGUUGGCGCACAUAGGCCGAUCCCGAGGAGGAAUUCUCCCAUGCUUCGCAGGGUGCACGAAGCGACGUGAGUGAAACGCAAAAAAGAUUUGUCGCCGCACGUUGCGGAUCCGUGUCACAAGUUGCGCGCUGACCGCCCCUGCGCGACCGUGGCCAGGCCCUGUCCGCGCGGGUGUAGCUCUGCUGCCGGCAUUCCUGCGGUGACGAGCGGUGGUGCGCCAACGCGCAUCGUUCCCCGUUGAUCAGCUGACAGCCUGAGAGAAAAACUGUGCUGCGGACUUCCUCGCCUGUUCUCGUGGUUUCGCUUGCUGUCCGCGCUGGAUAAGAACGGUAUCCGCGGUUAACGCAGAGCUACAGCUGCUGGAUCUCGUCUGCAGCGCCGUGCGCGCACUCGUUCAUCAACCGUUCAUGCCUGUCCCAAAAAUGUGUGGGCCCGCAGCAGCGGCUGCUGAGAAGCGCAAGCUUCCUUUGCCUCUUAUGGCAUCAUCAUCAUCAGCGCCUCCUAGUGAAAAGCAGCCCCGGCGAUGUGAUGACAGUGCUGUCGAGCCGCUGCAACCACUCGACAUGCGGCGCUCACGGCCUUCGGUGAUCCAGCGCUGUUCGGCUGCGGUGCGGCCGACGCCCGAGGAGCACGAGCCACCACUGCAGGCAAGGCUGCUGAGAAGUUCGACGACCACGGUGACCGGGAUGACGGGCAUGCGCGGGGCUUCCCACCAGCCGGACCCUGCGGUGGAGGCCCACUUCCGGCGCUCGCUUGGACCACAGUACGCAGCGCUGUUCGCCGGUCCGGCCGAAGCUGCUGGCUCGGCGCUCACCGUUGACGACCACUUCGCUCGAGCACUGGGGCCGGACACCUGGCUACGCCUGCAGGACGGCCUGACCUCCUCCUGACUGCCGGCGUAGCUGCGAUUGCGGGUGUGUAAAUAGUCUCUUCAGCGGUGGGUCCUUGGCCCAGUGUACAGGACAUCCUCUACUGUGCACCUUGCCAGUCCCCUGCAGCCCUUACUAAACUGUUGCGACGACCAUCCACAGUGGCCUCAGGACUGGAGGGAACUUCCUGGUGUGACCAGGCACUUCCAAGAAGUGCCCUUGUACAGAAUAUGCGCUGCUGACGUCAUCCUGAGGAACACUCUGGGGGAAAAAAUGUGCAACAGCCUUGUAGGCUUUGUGGUGUACAAGGUAGUAUAAAUGCUAAGAGCGAAACUCUGACGACCCUAAGGUCUUCACGGGGAGCUCAUAAUGAACAUUGAUCCUUCACUGUGUCUAUCACUUGGGCUAGUUGGUUGUUUAAGGUUCCUAAUAAAAGCACAGACAACUUUGUGACUUUGAA